UCGAUCCGGUCCAACUCGGUUCGAAUAUCAAUGUGUGGGCAGACUUGCAGUUUGCAUUGAAAACAAAGUUUGUUACACUCUGCUCCAUCCACCCAUGUACACAAACCCUUUCCUUCAUCUGCAUCUGUUUCUGCAGCCCGGUUAUAGAUUCUGGAACGGGGGUAUCGUCGGGAGGGUACGACGACGACGUACACUCCCGACAAGACGAGCUGAGAAUGUUCGUGAUUGUGCUAGCCAUUCAUCUCGUCAGAAGGUUUCCAUGGCUGCUCUCCUCCAAGUGAUCUGCUUGGAUGGGAAAGGUUUGGAAGUGGUACGGUUCAAGGCCAGCAAGGUAGGGCCACCAACUUGUUAAAAUAUGUAGACAACAUAUAUAGUCAUUUUCGACUUGUCUGUGGUCGAUGCCGACAAAGAGACGAGCAGAUACACUUCCGUUCCUGGCCUAGAGGCUAGAAGGGAUCUUUCGUCGGCAGAAAUUUAAAGGGCAUGGUCCAGUUUUUUUCUGGAUCACUGAGUUAGUAUAGCACUUGUAAUUUCCGAUUUUGGUAUUCGUUCCCGUGUUUUUUACGUUAUGGUCCGGCCCUCUUUAUUUUUUUUUUUUUAAAUGUGGUCUAAUGUUCUAUCAUGUUCUGAAUCCGUCUCUGCCGUCCGGUACACCUCUGGGAAGAAGACAAGUGUUGCACGACGUGGAUAGUGUUUCGAAAUUCGACAAUCGACAUGAAGGGACACGUACAAUAUUUAUACACCGACGAUGGAGAAAGAAUACGGUGCAUGAGAUCAACGUCGAUGGCAGUGGAUUUGGCAUUAUAAACACAAGAUGUCAUCGGUCGGCUGAAAAUUGAAAUAAAGAUGCCGAUCGGCCGGUAUAAUAAUAAUAAUAAUAAUAAUAAUAAUAAUAAUAAUAAUAAUAAUAAUAAUAAUAAUAAUAAAAAGUCGACAAUAAGUGGCGAGUUUGUCAUGUGAAUUUAGGUACCAUUCCAUUGCCAUCUACCAAACUUGUUUGUUCUCCGUAUACCGAAAACACAUCCACCGCCAACUCCCGGCGAGCAGUAGUAAUGGAACGCCAACCUACGGUGGCGCAGGCGCCGGCACCGCACGUGGUCUUCCUCCCGUUCCCGGCGCAGGGCCACGUCAAGCCCAUGUUCAUGCUGGCGAAGCUCCUCUGCCACGUGGGCGGGUUCCAGGCGACUUUCGUCAACACCGAGCACAACCACGCGCUCCUCCAGCGCACUCUCGCCGGCGACCUCCCCCCCGGAUUCCGCUUCCUGUCCCUCCCGGACGCCGUGCCCCACGACCGGGAGCAGCAGCAGUCCAGCAUCUCCACUGUCCGCGAGCUGUUCAACUCCAUCCGGAACUCCAAGCCGGAGUUCCGCCGGCUGGUGACGGAACUUUCCCCUACGUGCAUCAUCGCCGACGGAAUCAUGUCGUUGGGCUUUGAUGUGGCGGUGGAGCUCGGGAUUCCGGUCAUCGCGUUUCGUACGUUCAGCGCGGUGUGCGCGUGGGUUUACUUCCACCUCCGUGACCUUAUCGAGCAGCGGAUGGUCCCCAUCCCUGCGGAUGCUGAUAUGGACGAGCCGAUCACUUCCAUUCCCGGGCUAGAAGGAAUCCUACGCCGGCGGGACCUGCCGAGCGUUUGCAGGCACGGAACUCCGCCGCCGAUCCUCAAUUUCUUCCUCAGGGAAACCGAAUCGAUGAGGCGGGCUUCCGGUUUGAUCCUCAACACGUUUGACGGGCUGGAAGGCCCAAUGAUCUCCAGGCUCUCCACCAUCUUCCCCCAAAUCUUCGCCGUAGGCCCAUUGCACGGCCUGUUGAGCAACAUUGUGAAAGAAGAGCCUCUAACCGCCUCAAACGGCGGGCUUAAGGAAGAGGACAGGAGCUGCAUGACGUGGCUCGACUCCCAGCCGUCCAGAUCUGUGAUCUUCGUCAGCUUCGGGAGCCUGGUCGCGUUGACCGAGGCCCAGUUUGUCGAGUUCUGGAACGGCCUGGUGGACAGCGGGAAGCCGUUUUUAUGGGUCGUGAGAUCGGACUCUGUGUUGGGGGAAGAUGAGGUUCCGAGCUCCGUGAAAGUUCUUUCGGGCUUGAAAGGGGAGGAGGCCCAUGAUUGGAGUAGGUGUUGUGUGGUGGAUUGGGCCCCACAGGUCGAGGUCCUGGCCCAUGAAGCGGUUGGUGGGUUUUUGACCCACAGUGGAUGGAACUCGACGGUGGAGAGUGUUCUGGCGGGAGUGCCGAUGGUUUGUUGGCCGCGGUUGAGUGACCAGCAGGUUAAUAGCAGGGCGGUUAGUGAUAUGUGGAGGAUUGGGCUUGAUAUGAAGGACACGUGGGAUAGGUCGACGGUAGAGAAGACGGUGAGGGAGUUGAUGGAGGGGAGGAGGGACGAGAUUAUGAAAGCGGCGGUUGAAAUGGCGGGGAUUGCUCGAGGCAACGUCGAGGAAGGUGGAUCUUCGUACUGUAACUUAGAAAAGUUGAUCGUAUACAUUCGAUCGAUGUGUUAGGUUAUAUAAUUCAUUCGUUUCAAUUGAACUUCAACUUUUUUUUUUUUUUAUUAUCCAUAAGAGUUUACCUUUACAAUCUCGAAUUCUGUGGCGGAUUUUAUCAACUCUGCAUGCUUAAUCUAUCUUUAAUUCAUUUAAAUCAUGAGAUUAGGGUCGACAUACAACCUCUUCAAUCUAUAGAUAUUGUUGCUAAAAGGGUGUCGAGAGUAGUGCAGGUUGCCCUCGAGCCUUGUCGACUUUAUCAACUUAGAAUGUGUUGGAUAUUAGUGGAUCAAGUAAACUGAGGAAAAUUCCCUUCAAGGUUCUUAAUUUGACGAAGGAUUGGUCUUAAUAUGAAGGACACGUGAGAUGGAUCGACGGGUGGAAAAGACAAAGGAGGGAGUUGACCGGGGGGGGGGGGGGAGGAGAGACAAGAUUAUGAAAUCGAUCGUUGAAAAUGUGGGGAUAGCUCAAGGUGGCGUCGAAGAAAGUGGAUCUUCGUAC